ACUGAGGCUUCGCCUCUUGAUCCUUUGGCUUUUCCAAAUAUCAAUUCAGAAAAGACUGAUUGAAUGCACUUUCAACAUUCUACUAUUUCAAUCCACUUCCUUCCUGAUCCCUUUUGAACGUGACACAAGGUGACAUUUCUCCAAAGCCUUGCACGGGCAUCAUCCACGAUGUCAGACCAGCACGAAGGCAACCCGGAGCAGCUCGGAAAAUUUCCCAUGUCUUUGCAGGAAUUUGCGAAAGCUGUUCGGGAACUUAUGGUCAAGGAUUGCAAAAUUGAUGCCUGCCUUGAUAAAUUUAUAUUUCGGACCUAUCAACUCCCAGGAAAGAAAAAAGGUUUUCCGUGGAUCCCCGUUGAAAAUCUCAAAGAAGGCGAGAAGCCAGUUGACGGGUCUUUGCUGGACCAAAUUGAAGAUGACCUGUUGGCUGAAUUAGACUCUUUCAUCCCGGAAUUUUGCGAAGAGGAGUUUCCAGACUCCGCCACACGUGACCAUAAACUGGACAUACUUGAAGCGAGGUUGAGAAAGCGAUGGAAGGAAUGGUUACUGUGGGAGAAGACGGCACCAAGCGGUGACAAAGAGCUGCACAAAAAGCUAUUGGAGGUCAGAGGUACACGGGAUCUUAAUGUACAGGGUGUAUCCGUCAAACAGGACAAGGACGAUUCCAGGAUUACAUCUCCAGGGGUAGGUCAAUUACAACUCGACGAGCUAAAAUCCGUGGUCAAAGACGAUCAAUCCGCAGCAUUGUUCACUUGCGGUGGCUCAAUUGCCAUCACCCACUCGCAGGAUAGAUGCGAUGUGUUGCGGCAAUCCUCCCCGGUCACUCUGUAUUGGUCUUCCAAGGAUGGAACCAUUUGCAAAACCAUUCUACCUGGAUCAAAUGCAGAUUCCAAUACUGGUUCAUUCCAGACGUUAGUCGAAGACUGUACCCCAGCUACAUUUGGGCUCGGUCAUCGAGACGUGCUGGAUCCUUCUUACCGCCACGCUGGAAAACUGGACACUGGCCGUUUCGGCACCACGUUCCACCCAGCCGACUUCGGUAUCCUGGAUUCUGUUGAGCAAACAUUGCUACCGAACAUAAGCUCUUCGCUAGAGAAUGCUCUGGAGUUUCGUCGGGUGAGAGCUGAGCUCUACAAGUUGAAUGUUUACUCUGGCCCUUCAGGAUUAUUUCGCGCACACGUUGAUACCCCACGCUCUCCAAACCAGUUUGGAUCCUUAGUGGUCUGUCUUCCAUCACCUCACCAAGGUGGAAAACUUGUAGUCCGCCAUCAGGGUGCCUCCGUGGAGUUUCCUUGGGAUGAUGGAAGCCUUUCAAAUAUCCAGUGGGCGGCAUUUUACAGCGAUUGCGAACAUGAGAUAGAACGUGUUACUGAAGGACAUCGGGUAACUUUGACAUAUAACUUGUUCAUCACCGAACCGCUUGGUGCAAGCUUAUUGCCUAACCCAUUAGUUGACCCUCGUACUCUACCUCUGUACGCCCGAAUGAAGGGUUUGCUUGCCCAGGCCGAUUUUAUGGAUGAAGGCGGUAUUCUCGGCAUUUUCUGCUCCCAUUCUUAUGCUCACACCAGCAAAGAAGCCAACCUCUUACUGCCUCGAAAGCUCAAGGGUGCGGAUAUGGCGCUUUACGCGACUUUGAAAUCCCUCGGACUCUGGGUUCGGAUUAUGCCCAUCCUCCAUGCCAAUAUCUAUGAGAGGGACUAUUCGUCAUCUUGUGAGCUUCGCGAAUAUCGCAAACAAGGCUACGUUAACAGUACACGGAAAGAAACGACACCAAGACCCUUGAAAUUGAAGUAUUUCCAUCUAUUUCACAGUGAUGAUUACGUCCAAGAUGUACACAAGAGGUGGCAAUUUCUGUACAAGACAAGAAUUCCUCAUGGUGCCGGCUUGCGGGUUAAUAUAGUGGGGACUGCAUUGCAUCCCAUGGCCACGAGUGAAUGGGAUUAUGAUACGCCAUUUCCAGAAGUUCUCGGCUCGUUCUGGCCGAGCAUAUGCGUUUCCGAUAUUAACUGGAUAAAUAAGCCAGGGAGUAGAAAACAAGCUUUAAGCCAUAUGGUCUAUGGAAAUGAGGCCUCCACGCAAACGGAGUACUCAAGCGCAGCUAUUCUUGCAAUUAUUCCGCCAUGGGAUCAACGAAAUACCGAAACCCUUGGCAAUUGA